GCUUCCGGCCGGCGCCAGGAUGGCGCGGUGCUGAAAGGCGCGGGGAGUGCGCGGGCCUCCCAGCGCCAUGUACAGAAAGCAUCUCCAGGAGAUCCCAUCCUCUAGCACUAAUGUUUCCACCAGCUUGGAAUGGGACUCUGGCAAGACCUCUGAGCUUCUCUCGGGGAUGGGAGUGUCAGCCCUUAAGAAAGACAAGCUGGGCAAUGAGAACACACCACAGGACCUGCUGGUGUCGUCGCCCUGCCUUCCUCCAAAACGGCAGAAGGUGAAGGACAACGAAAAGGACUUUGUUAUCGUGCGCCGGCCAUGGCUGCUCCGAGAGGCAGAGUCAGGUAUUUCUUUGGAUGCACUUCCAGAUGAAUUACUUUUGGCAAUCUUUGUCUAUUUGCCUCUAAAGGAUUUGCUGAAAGUUUCUAUGAUUUGCAAGAGAUGGCAUCGACUUUCGUUUGAUGAAUCUCUCUGGCAGAGUCUUGAUUUGACUGGUGGGAAUCUGCUGCCAGGAGUGCUUGGACAGUUGUUGCCUGCAGGUGUUACUGUGUUCCGCUGCCCGAGAUCUUGCAUUGGGGAUCCAUUGUUUAAAACAAGCAAUCUUCUUAAAAUUCAGCACCUGGAUUUGUCAAACUGCACAGUGUCUGCUGCAGAUCUCCACAGUAUUCUUUGUCUGUGUGAAAAGCUGCAGAACCUCAGCUUGGAGGGUCUAGUGCUUUCUGACAGCAUCGUCAAGACCAUUGCUAGAAAUCCCGAUUUGAUACGACUAAAUCUCUGUGGGUGCUCAGGGUUUUCUGCAGAGGCCUUGGAGCUGAUGUUGAGCAGCUGUUCUAUGCUGGAGGAGCUAAACUUGUCCUGGUGUGAAUUCACAGCCACCCAUGUCAAAGCAGCAGUCAAUCAUGUUACUUCAAAGGUCACCCAGUUAAAUUUAAGUGGAUACAGAGAGAAUCUACAAAUAGCAGAUGUGAAAACACUGGUGGAGAGAUGUCCUUUGCUUGUCCAUUUAGAUCUCAGUGACAGCAUGAUGUUAAAGCCUGAGUGCUUCCAGUAUUUUAAACAACUUGUGUUCCUACAACACCUGUGCCUUAGCCGAUGUUACCAGAUAUCACCUGCUGCCUUAGUAGAGCUUGGUGAAAUUCGAACACUGAAGACUCUUCAGGUAUUUGGAAUAGUGACUGAUAGCUCUCUGCAGCUCCUCGAGGAGGCACUGCCCGACAUGAAGAUCAAUGGUUCACAUUUCACCAGCAUUGCAAGGCCAACUGUUGGCAAUAAAAAGAGCCAUGAGAUUUGGGGCAUCAAAUGCAGAUUGACACUGAGAAAUCCUAGUUUCUUGUGAUCAUGUACAAUGCACUGGAUGCCAUGGACACACUGUGUGUUGAAGCUCCUUAGGGAAAAAAAAGUGCUGGAGCACCUUUUAUCAUAGUACUGUUACUCUCUAACUUGGUAUUACACCCUAAUGUUGUUUCAUAUUUUAUAUCAGUUUUUUGUACUUAAAACCUUUAGAAUUUGAUUAUCUGUGAGCAAUUAUGGAAUAUUUCUUUUAGUUUUUCUUUUUUUACAGGGGAUCUUGGAAAAAAAAAAAAUAUUAUGGAACAAAUCACCGUAAUUAAGUAAUGUCAGCCUCUAGCAACUGUCUGCAGCUUCUGGAACAGCUUGCAGAGGUGCCAGAUACCUUUAUAAGGUUUAUUAAGGAAUUUGCAGAAUUCAAAAUGAAUACUUAUAUAUUAAAUCUGUUCUACUAUGUAACUGAAGAAAAGGUACAGUAGGAUGAAUGAAUCAAACUUGAAAACAGUAAAUUGGGGAUAUCUACACAGAAGCAGCUAUGAGACAGCUCAAUACCUUACAAGUUAAGCAGCAUUAAAGGAGCUAUAGUGAAGUUUUUAUUUAGGAGGCCACAAAAGAAAUUUUGUCUUUAGUAGCCUUCAUCUUUAGCCAAAUACAGUCUAAAAAGUCCGUUUAGAAUUAGCAUCUGUAAAAAUAGAUGCUGAUUGUCCAUUAUUUCAUGUGGUCCCAGGUUUUCUGAUUGCAUAUUACGGAAACUUAAUGUAGCUUCUUUGAGCCUGAUCAUAGGUAAAACUUUUCCUAAGAUCUUUCAACUGCAAUUGAUAAGUUGGUAAAAGUUUUGCAGGAAGAGGGCUCAAAGAGUUCUAGAUAUGACCAAAAACCAGAACCUAGGACUGCUGUGUAAGAAUGCUAAAAGGGAGAGAUGCUUUGGUGCUAUCAAGAGACAUAAAUUUCUCUUUUGUAUUAGUUUGCUUGUAGUAGCACUUCACUUUUUGUAUUUUUAUCACUAACCACUAUUGUCUAGUGUUGAUAUUUUUUAAAAGUCAUAGGGGAAGCUGAAUAACUGUCCAAAAAGGAAAAACCACACACACACACACACACACACACACACAAAAAAAAGGGGGGGGGGGGAGGGGGUGACCGGUAAUGACUUCAAAUGAACUUUUCAUUUGCACCUGUUAUCAGGGUCCUCAUCCAUAAACAUAGAAUGUUCCAGUGGGUGUUUCAGCUGAUGAUUCCUAGGGCAAGACUUGGACCCUCUGUAGGACAUAAACAUGCUGCUGUUUUUCCCAUGAAUGCAGUUAACCAAGCAGCUGAGUUUAUUCAUGGAUGUUUUUAAGAGCAGCCAAUGUAUUACUAUAGGCCAUUGCAUAGAUACACCUUUUCUCAUUGCAGUCUUGAGAAAAAGCAUUCAGGAAUGAAUAUGUAGUACUGCAGAACAGAUUAAUUACUGUGGAAAGGUUGUAUGAGUACUAGAAUUUGAUAUUUUACUUUUUAGAAUAUAGUAAAUAAUGCAUUAUCUUGUUAAUCUAAGUUGGUUUUUUUUUUAAAUUAAAUUUAACAGUGUAAGUACAGGUGUUAGUAAUGGGCUUGUAUCCCUUACAAAGGAGUUAAUGGGCAACAUACCUUGUGGAAAUUGGAGGAGUGGUAGGAGGUCAGAGGAUACAGAAUAUUCUACUGCCUCAGUUUGCUGCUUUAGAAUUAUACCUUAAAUUACUUCAAGAAGAAAAAGUAGAUCUUUGCAGCACAGCAUUACUGUAAAUUCUUCUUCUUAUGCACAAUGUAACUCCAUGCAACUUCUAUUGCAUUUAAUAAAUAUCUAAGAAAUUGGUAGAACUGUACAG